AGGCGGGGAGUCGCCAUUUUACUUUUCUUCAGUGUCGUUGUGAGAGCGUUGCUGGCUCCGUGUUCGGCCUAACACUGUCUUAAUAUUUUUCGUUUGUUAACAUUUUGUCGUCAUUUCUUCGACAAGUCAUCUUCUCACGACAUACGCUGAUAAUUUAAGUUUCUCUGAUUUAUACAGAUUUAAGGCGUAGACUAGCCGGAAACAGAGCCAUGAUCACCAGAAAAAGAGGAAGAAGCAGCCUCAACGCUGAUGUCACUUGUCCAAAUGGCUUCCAGGAGAAUGGCGAUGCUUUGAAAACCUCUGAUACAAGUGAAAUAAACACAUACACGUCUCCAGAAAGUGACAGCAACGAUUGGGGUCUGGAUGAUUUGCUCGACGUUGAUUUCAACUGGGACCUGGACAACGCCUUGGUUGAUCCUUUCGGCAACUUCGAAUCCCAGUCACCGGCCAAUGACGAGACGGAUCGAAGCAUGGUGGCCGAUAAUCCUGCAUCCCACAAAAGAGGCGCAGUCCGACGCUCAAAACUGCAAGACGUCUCCGGUCAGAUCAUCAACAAGAAUGCCAUUGCGGCGAGGAUCAACCGACUAAAGAAGAAAGAAUACGUCAGUGGCUUGGAGCAGAGAGUCGGCUCCCUGACGUCGGAAAAUCGUAUUCUAAAGCAGGAGAACGGGAACCUCAACAAGCGGGUGGAAGAAUUGGAGAAUGAAACGAGGUACUUGAGAGCCGUGCUGGCCAAUGAGAGCAUGCUGGCUCAGCUGUUGUCUAGAUUGAGCGGUGUGAACGGCAUGAAAUUCUCUACCUCGCUUUUCCAGGAAUCAAACGAGAACGACCACGAUUAUGCCAUUCCGAGGAAGAAGGUGAAGGUGGAGGACAAAGAUACUGCGGGUGGUAUCUGCCUGCAUGUGGACAAAGACCACGUCUCGGUGGAAUUCUGCACCAAGUGUGCAGAAAGUGCAAGCUUGUCGCAUAAAAUUUUUCUUCUAGGUGCUUGGUGCGACAUGCUGGACGAGUACGUCACAGAACAUCCUUGACUGCCAGAAUCCAUGUGGAUUUUGCUGUGGGGAAAUCAGAAGAUUCGGGACCACCAGCUUGCAUCAUGGCCUGGUAAAUUUAAUAAGGUAGUACAUGAAACCCUGUAAGUUAAAGCUUUUACUGACUUUCUAUCACGCCUUGAAUUGUUGUUUAUUUUGCAUCUGAAUUGUUAAAAUCCUAGUUAUGCGAAACAUUAGCAUGCAGUAAACAUCUGUCAUGUUUUAAACCUGAUAUAGACAAGCACUUGGGAUUUUUUGAAAGUAUUCAAGGUCAGAAAAGUUGUGUUUUCAACAGAAUGUUUAAAGGUUUAUGUCUGAAUCCAAUCCAGUUGUGAGAUGCAUUGGAAAUCCAAACACUGUUCAGGCACAUGGCUACAUCUGUUUUGAAAUCAAAUGUAAUAAAUUUUGAUUAAACACUUAUUUGAGUAAUCUAAUUGUUUUGUGUGAAAAACGAUAUUAACUGUACUUUCCUUCUCUUUUAGACAGUGCUUCUGCGCUUUCUACAAAAGCCUUAAAUUUCUUCUCUUCAAAGUGGAUAAAGAGUGGUGGUGUUUUUAUUUUUUUAAGCAUUAAAUGCACAUCUGUGUGCAGAUCAACCCAAGCAGUUCUGAAUCGGAUACACCAGGGGUGGGAAUCCUGGGUCCUGGAGGCCCACUGUCUUGCAAAGUUUAAUCCCAACACUAAUCAAACACAUCUGCAUUUCAUUUACAAAUAAUCCUGAAUAGAUGGUUUCAGCAGUAACAUAAACAAGUGGCUUUUGUGGUCCUCACCUAACUUCCGGUGAACUCCGCGAAAAACAACAAAGUCCUUUUUAAAGUAGUUUAUUUAUAUAGCAAGCAAAAUAAACAACACGUAGAUUACAUAUGAACCCAAGAUAUUUGUUAUUUUUUUCGACGAGGUUCAGUUUCAGCAACUAAUCAGACCAUUAAACAAACAGAAAUCGGAAGUAAAGUUCAGACCGCGCCUGAUGAAACAGUCUAUAUUUGAUCAGGUGAGUUUAAUUAGGGUUGGAACUAAACUCUCCAGCACAGUGAUCCUCCAGGACCAUGAUUCCCCAUUCCCUGGUAUACACUAAAAUAAUUACUGGUUGCCUUAAAUGAAGUAUAAUAAAUUUGCAUACUUGAGUGUAAUCAAACAAGCUAUUUCAACAUAUUAUUUUUUUUAAAUCUCGACUAGUGAGGAGUUAUUGUAACUUUUUUGAAGUUGAAAUAAGUUAAUUUGAAUACAACUUCAAGGCAAACAGGAUUUUUUUGUGUGUAUUUUUCAAAUGGUUAUGUUUGGGUUGUCAAUUUUUCUUAUAAUACUCAAGAUAAGAUUCCAUUAAUACUUGCUGUUGUGUAGACAAAGUCCAAAGAAUUUGCGUAAAUAUUUGUCAUUUUAUAAUGGAUUUAUCUAUGAUAAGUGUUUAAAGAUGGGUGUUGAUGGUCUUAGUUAACAUCAAAGUGUUAAUAUUGUGUAAUUGACUUUAUUGCUAUCCAACAGAAUUUAACCUGGGGCCGUCAUUUUGGUCAACAUUUUUGCUUGGUUUCCAGUGGUGGGAUUGAUGAAGUUUUUUAUGUAGGGUAACCAUAUGUGCCAUUCUUCCAAGAUGCGUCCUGGCCUGGAUUUCGGUGUGUCUUCCGGAAGUCGACUGUAUACGCCAUUCAGUUAAAAACAUAAGACAUACAAUCAUAGUUUCAUUCUUACCUUAAAAUGUAACUGUUGCUUUUCUGUAAUAAUAGUAUAAUCCUCUAUGACGUAUGUGGUCAACAAAUACGACUUCCGGAAGAUGCACCCGAAAUCCUGGCCUCUACGUGUCGGGGAAGAAUGGCACGUAUGGUCACCCUAUUUUUAUGAAUUAUUAAAAACCAAUUUAUGAUGUUUUUAAAAAUCUGCAUGUUAAGAAUGAAGACUUUGCAUUUCAGAACUGUUUGGGUUGAUGACUGUAGUAAUGAAUUAGGAAUUGUUCUUUGUGUGGCAAUAUUGCAAAUGCGAGGUAGAAAUGAAAUGUGUAUUGCCCAAUGCAUAUUUAAAUUUUCACAAAGCGGUCUAGUAUUUGGAGAAGUUAUACACUGACAAUAGAUUUUAACGCUGACAAAAAGCUUCUAACGCCACUUUUUAUCCACUUCACACUUAAAGGGAUAGUGAAAGUUCACCUAAAAGUGAAUUUUCUGUCAUUUAAAGGCGGGGUGUAUGAUUUUUGAAAAACACUGGAAAAGGGAGUCGGCCGAGUACCAAAACACACUUGUAGCCAAUCCGCAGUAAAAGUUGCAUGUGUACUUACUGACAAGAAGGUCCCUAUUCUAUUGAGGUAGGGGCGUGUUUGGUUAGGUGAUUUCAAAUAUCAACAUUGGCUUUCAGAGAUCAUGCACCCCGCCUUUAAGCAUCCUUAUGUUGUCUUCAACAGGAUAAAGACAUUAAUGUGGGUUGGUAAAUGUAGACAAAAUUUUCAUAUUUGGGUGAACUAUCCUCUUCAUAUUUUUAUGUGAAACAUAUUGGUUAAACUGUUUACCUAAGGUAUAAUAAUGUAAUGCUUAGGCAGUUUACAGAGCUGCUUAUAUUUGUAAUAUUUUUUAUGAAUAAAACACUAAACUGAU